GUCGUUAUUCACCCGUUGACCCAAUCGGUUCAACCAACAAUAAUUUUUGUUAGACAUGUGGAACAUAGUCAUAAAGAGCCUACCUCCACUUCUUGGACACUUUGCAAAUUAAUUUUACUGCUAAAAAGACCUUCUUUAAAACCCUUUUAACACAAUCACAUACUGACUGUGAAGAAACAUAUUUCUUUAAUCUUUUUAAUUAAUGACUUCCAACUAUUAACUCCUACAUGUAAAAUAACUAGAAGAUUGACAUUGACUACCGUCACUCAAAGAACAUUGUCUCCACUAAUUUUAAAUUGUGAAUUCGACUACAUCUUAGUCCACUUGCUUAUUAAAAAAAAGUUCAGUUACAAGCAAAACUUGAAACCACGUGGAAAAAGGCAAAAUUAGAAUGCAUCUGCAAGUCGAACAAUUCAGCGACGAAAUAAAGGAUCUGAUGAAAACCGUGUACCAGAAUCCGUUUCGUGGUGAUUUUGUUAAAGUGAACGGCGUAACGUUGCCGGAAAAAUAUGAAAAGUUGGCGGACGCCAUUGAGAACUUCCAAGUUCGCGACGACGAUGUCUGGGUUUGCAGCUUCCCGAAGACCGGCACGACUUGGGCGCAGGAAAUGGUUUGGUGCAUCGCGAAUGAUCUCGAUUACGAACGAGCGAAAGUUCCUCUGACGGACAGGUUUCCUUACUUCGACAUUUCGACGCAUGGCGACUUUCCUGCAAUGGUGGAGGCCAAUCCUGGAAUCCAGAUACCCAGCCAACUAGUUGACAGUGUCAAUUACACAGCCAAUGUACCCAGUCCGCGAUUCAUCAAGACCCAUCUACCGUUCAAUCUUCUUCCGCGGCAGCUCCGAACCGGGGAGAAAAGGCCAAAAAUUAUUUACAUCGUUCGCAACGUCAAAGAUACUUGCAUCUCUUACUAUCAUUUCACGAGAAUCUUGGAAGGUCUGCAAGGGAGCUUCGAGGACUGGUGCAAUCUCUUUCUUAAUGAUGCUGUAAUGUACGGACCAUUUUGGAAGCACGCGCUUGGUUAUUGGAAGAAAAGAAUCGACGAGAAUCUGCUGUUCUUGAAGUACGAGGAUAUGAAAAAGGAUUUACCGUGGGUAAUAAAGAAGACUGCGACGUUCCUCGGGAAGAAUUUGACCACCGAUCAGUUGUCGUCCCUGACCGAGCACUUGAGUUUCGAGACCAUGAAAGCAAAUCCAGCGGUGAACAACGAACAUUUGAUUUAUGGAAUUAAGAAAUUGACGCAAUCGAAAGUCGAUGGAAAAUUCAUGAGGAGUGGCGAGAUGAACCAAUGGAAAUCCGAGAUGAGUCCGGAUAUCAUCGAACGAUUCGACCAGCAGACGCGAGAAAAUUUGGAGGGAACUCGUCUGUACUUUAAAAAUAAGAGGCCAUUGUCACGAGCGGCGAACGUCGUCAACAACGCUGUGGAGGGAGUGCCAUUGUGGAGCUUUGCUAUCGUGAUCGCGUCACUACGCCACGAACCAAUCGCGCCGGGGAAUAAACCGAGAAAGAUCGUCACUGUUCAACUUCUCCCUCCGUCAGCGCUCGGCCGCUCUACCGACGUAAAAAGAGGCAAAAUUAGAAUGCAUCUACAAAUAGAACGGUUUAGUGAUGAAUUGGAGGAUAUGAUGAAAACCAUGUACAAUCAUCCUUUUCGUAAUGGUCUUAUUAAGGUGAAUGGCUUCACGAUGCCAGGAACAUAUGAAAAGUCUGCGGACGCCAUUGAGAACUUCCAAGUUCGUGACGACGAUGUCUGGGCUUGCAGCUUCCCGAAGACCGGCACGACUUGGACGCAGGAAAUGGUUUGGUGCAUCGCGAGUGAUCUGGAUUACGAACGAGGAAAGGUUCCUCUGACGGAAAGGUUUCCCCACUUGGAUCUUUCGACGCGUGCCGACUUCUCCGCCAUAGUGAAAGCCAAUCCUGAAAUUCACAUACCCAGAGAAAUGGUUGACAGUAUCAAUUACACAGCCAAUUUACCCAGUCCGCGAUUCAUCAAGACCCAUCUACCGUUCAAUCUUCUUCCGCGGCAGCUCCGAACCGGGGAGAAAAGGCCAAAAAUUAUUUACAUCGUUCGCAACGCCAAGGAUACUUGCAUCUCUUACUAUCAUUUCACUAGAAUCUUGGAAGGUCUGCAAGGGAGCUUCGAGGACUGGUGUAAUCUCUUUCUCCAAGAUGCUGUGAUGUACGGACCAUUCUGGAAGCAUGCGCUUGGUUACUGGGAGAAGAGAGUCGAAAAGAAUCUGCUGUUCUUGAAGUAUGAGGACAUGAAACAGGAUUUACCGAUGGUAAUAAAGAAGACUGCGACGUUCCUCGGGAAGAAUUUGACCACCGAUCAGUUGUCGUCCCUGACCGAGCACUUGAGUUUCGAGAACAUGAAAGCAAAUCCAGCGGUGAACAACGAACAUUUGAUUUAUGGAAUUAAGAAAUUGACGCAAUCGAAAGUCGAUGGAAAAUUCAUGAGGAAUGGUGAAAUGAACCAAUGGAAAUCCGAGAUGAGUCCGGAUAUCAUCGAACGAUUCGACCAGUGGACGCGAGAAAAUUUGAAGGGAACUCGUCUGUACUUUUAAAGAGAAUGUAGCGUACAAUAGCUUUAGGUAACAUCGUAAAAAAGUCCGUCAACACGGCAAAGCGUGACUAGCGCAUCUGGUUUAUGAAUGUAUGAUACUUUGUACAAUGUGUAAGAAAAUAAAAUAUUA